AUGAAGCCAGUCACUCGAUUUGCCGGCACAGCCAUCCGUCGCGCCGCCCGCACUUCCCUUCGCGUCCAGUCGCCCGUCAAUUGCAUCAUCGCUAGCAGGGCCCCAGCUAUCAGCCAUGCCGCCCCAGUACGCAGCUUCCACGCAUCAAUGGGCAUGAGAGUGGGCAUGAUGCCCGACUCAGAAGACCCCAAGCCAAAGGAGAGCGAGGCCCACGACGAGCCUGGCAAACCGGCCGAGCUCUCAAUAGAGGAGUUCCAUGAGCGCGCAGACCACUACCUGGGCGAGCUGCUGCAGAGGUUAGAGGAGGCUCAGGAGAAUGACCCGGCGAUCGAAGUAGAUUACUCGGCCGGCGUCCUCGAAGUCACUUCGCAACAGAAUACCUUUGUUUUGAACAAGCAACCCCCAAACAAGCAGAUCUGGCUCAGCUCCCCGAUAUCCGGUCCCAAGCGUUUCGACUGGGUCGUGGCACAAGAGGGCAUGGACUUCAAGGAGGGUGGAGGCAUCGGCGACUGGGUGUACAUGAGGGACGGCAGCUCGCUGACUGAGAUUCUCAGGAAAGAGCUGGGCGUUGACGUCAGUGUUGACGAUGAGGUCCCGCGUUAG